GUACGAAGAGAUGCGUUAUCGGCAUGCAUGACAUGCCCUAUCUGCAAAAAGCUCUUCCGAGAUGCCACCACCAUCUCUGAAUGUCUUCAUACGUGUGAGUACUUCUCUAUAUAUGCACGUUUUCUACUUCGCGCUAUCAGGACUCUUCGUGUUCUAUCGGGGCUUUGACUAUUGGUAAUCGUCGUGACACUUUUAGAGUGAGAAAUUUUAGGGGUUUUACCUUCUGCGUUUAGAAUGUAUGAGCUCUUAAUUGGGGCCUUUUUUCAUUCUUAUCUUGAUAUAACUUCUUCAAUUGUUAUUUGUGUAAUCAUCCAUGAUUCUCAAUGUCAUUAGACUUGGUUAGAGACUGAACGAAGUAAAGAUUGUUAACCGAUUGAUGUGAGAUUUCCUGCUCUCUUGGUCUUAUUGAUCACAAAUUCACAAUUCUUUUUUCUGUAUGUUGUUGGGGAAUGACGAUUUGUGUUUGCUAGAAGAAGAUAUCAACAUAGUGUUUUGUGAAUUCCCCUAAUUUUGGAGUAAACCCUUGUUAGUACUUAGUAUUACCUUUGCCCAAAAUUUAUUGUUGGUUAAUGUUAUAUUAUUAUAUAGCUUGCAGAUGAUUUUGCAUCUUCUAAUUGGCUUCUAGGGUUUGCAUUAUGCAAGGUAAUUUGAUUAAAGAUAAAAGAUGAUGUGAUUUUCAUUGCCAAAAAACAGAGUUGAGUCCAUGAGGCUUCUGUGCUACCUGGGUGUGAGAGCAUUCAAUCAUAGUCUGCAGGAAAUGUAUUCGUAAGAAGCUCUCUGAUGAAGAACUUGAAUGUUGUCCAAUAUGCAAUAUUGAUCUAGGAUGUGUGCCUUUGGAGAAGUUGAGGCCGGAUCAUAACUUGCAAGAUGUCAGAGCCAAAAUUUUCCCAUACAAACGGAGAAGGGUGAAGGCCCCUGAAGUUGUGCCUUCGGUUACAUUACCAUUACGACGAAAAGAGAGAUCACUCUCGUCACUGGUAGUCAGCACUCCCAGAGUGUCGACACAAACCACAAUGACUGGGAAAAGGUCAAAAGUUACUUCAAGGAAGAAAUCACGUGGUUCCAGUUUCUCCGUUGAGAAAUCUGUCAAGAAAGAGGAAGACUCCAUGGAAGAUUACGAAGAGAGUUCCAGUUCACGUGAGACUUCAAACAAGAUCAAUCAGAACUCAAAGCAGAAUUCUUCCACUGCUGAGCCAUCUAGUCACCCUCCGUCUGAUGAAGAAAAAGAUGGUGUUGAACCAUGGGAAGGGAAAGUUGACUGGAAGCCUUUGAACGAUCUUGUGGAAGCAGCAAAUAGGAGUAAAUCUUCAAAAGCUACUUCUCAGGGGUCUAAUGUCAAAUCAGAACCAUCAUAUACUGUAAAAAGUGAAGGACUUGUGCGCAGACCUAAAGGGAAAGACCCGUUACAAAGAUCCAAAGUACAAGAUGAUAAAGACAGUCUUGAGGCUGAUGCUACUGAAACAGGAAAACCCAAAAAGUUAAGAAGGAAUCGCAAAAAGAAAGCAGGUGCUUUAGGAGAUUCGAGCGUUACUGCUGCCCAACUUAUGCUUGAUGCUGCUGCCAACAAUGUUGGCCGGGAGAAAAGAACAUAUCCUAUUUGGUUCCAGUUGGUGCCAUUUGAAGAACAGGAAGGGGAGCCCUUGCGCCAAAUAGAAGGACGUUAUGUUAAACUAAAUGAUGGAAAUGUACCCGUUUCGAUUAUCCAAAAGCUGGUGAUGAACAAACUCGAACUUCCAAGUGAACAUGAGGUCGAGCUCAGAUGCAUGGGUCAGCCGGUGGUGCCCACGUUGCGUCUACGUAAUCUUAUGGAGCUGUGGCUACAAGCUCACCCAGACAUAAUAACAGCAACAAUCGGCUCAUCCGCGCAGGAAUUUGUGAUGGAAAUAUCGUAUGCCAAGAAAGCUCCGGCUGCGACUCCGACUCCGACUGCUGCUCCGGCACCACAAACUCCGUGAAUGCUGAUGACGUUAUGCAAAGGGAAAGAGAACCUGAAAUCUGGCCAAUGUGCCCAUUAUAGUUGUCAUCAUAUAGUUUAUGAGAUGAUAAGUUCUUACUUGUUAAAACUGAGUUUUUUGUGUGACUUUUUGUUGUUCGAAUACUCUUUGGAAACGUUGUUCAAGUUGGUGAA